CCGACAACUUCCCCCGUUUUGAUCUCUGCCACCAGUGAGUUCGCUGAGGCUUGGUUUACUUAGUGCGCGAUGGCCUCGGUCCUGGGGAAUUAUUGAAUGGGAAACGCUGUAACUCGAUGGCGAUGUCUCUGCGGUGUAGCUGGAUCGAGUAGAGGCCAAAGGUGUUUCGGAUCUCGAGGUUGCUCCAGAGGCGAGUGACUCAAAUGGGUAUCUGAUACUUCAUCCAGAAUCGUCUGUGCCAGUAAGCUUGUGGCUCUUUUUCUAGAGUCUGAAGACCCCUUUGAUUCAUUGAAUCUGAUUUGAUGGUUCUUGUGGGUUCUCUCCCUUGAGGUUGUUGCUAGAGAUGCCUAAGAAAGGUUGAGUAGGAGACAACUGAUGGGGGUGCUUAAAUCUUGAUAGCUCAGCGGGUACUCAGUAAGUUUUUUUGGGAGUACUGAGAUAUUUUCCUGAAAGUUUGGUAUAGUUUCUGGGUUGUGGUAGUUGCAUAGUUCCUUUGAGUGGUUUUUCAAGUUGCUCGGUAAUCAACAGAAUUAGCAGUCGACAAUUUCGGUGUAUUGGGGCAAUUAGACUCUCCUUCGGUUAGGUCUCUAUUCAAAUAGUGUGCUCUGUGAAGAAUGCAAUCAAUUUGAGUCAUCCUCAAACUCAAGAGUCAUAUUGGUACAUUUCGUUUCAGUUUGAGAGGGAAUUCCCGGGUUGAAAUUCUUGAAAAUCGUGAAGCAGCAUCUUUGUUUCCCAAACUUAGAGUAGCUGCUCCUGAGCUUAUUCAGGAAUGGCUGGCAACAAGAUCAUUGUUUGGUUUAGGAGGGACCUCAGAAUUGAGGAUAAUCCAGCAUUAUCUGCUGCUGCUAGAGACGGUCGUGUGCUUCCCGUGUUCAUAUGGUGUCCGAAAGAAGAAGGGCAAUUCUACCCAGGUCGGGUUUCGCGGUGGUGGCUAAAGCAUUCUCUAUUAUACCUGUCUCAGUCCCUCAAAUCUCUGGGUUCUCAACUUUUGCUGAUUAAAGCCGAUAGCACACUUGCUGCGCUUUUGGCUUGCAUCGAUUCUGUGGGUGCAACAAGAGUGGUCUUUAAUCAUCUUUAUGAUCCUGUUUCACUGGUUCGUGACCAUCAUAUCAAGGAGCAAUUAGUGGAACUUGGUAUUUCCGUGCAAAGCUAUAAUGCAGACUUGUUAUAUGAACCAUGGGAAGUGUACGACGAGAAAGGGCUUGCUUUUACGAUGUUUGACGCAUACUGGAACACCUGCAUGCACAUGCAAAUGGAACCCGUCACUCAUGCUCCUGUCUGGCGCUUAGAGCCGUUGCCAACUUCAGGAAUGAUUGAAAAUUGUUCGAUUGAAGACCUGGGUCUCGAAGAUGAAACAGAAAGAUCUAGCAACGCAUUAUUAGGAAGAGGAUGGUCCCCGGGUUGGGGCCACGCUGAUAAGGCUUUGACCGAGUUUAUCGAGCAUCAUCUGGUCAGUUAUGCUGAAAAUAGGUUGAAGGUAGGGGGUAACUCAACAUCCCUCUUGUCUCCGUAUCUCCAUUUUGGAGAAGUCAGUGUAAGGAAAGUCUUCCAAUCCACUCGUCUGAAGCAAAUUCUGUGGGCGAAAGAAGGCAAUUCUAGUGGGGAAGAAUGCGCGACUCUUUUUCUCAGGGCCAUCGGGCUUCGGGAGUAUUCGCGCUACCUUUGUUUCAACUUCCCGUUUACUCACGAAAAACCUCUGCUGAGCAAUUUGAAAUAUUUCCCGUGGCGCCCCGAUCAGACCUCUUUUAAGGCUUGGAGACAGGGCCGCACCGGCUAUCCGCUAGUCGAUGCGGGAAUGAGAGAGCUCUGGGCGACUGGGUGGAUACAUAACAGGAUAAGAGUGAUCGUUGCGAGCUUCGCUGUGAAGUUCCUGCUGCUCCCCUGGAAAUGGGGCAUGAAGUAUUUCUGGGACACACUUUUGGAUGCGGACUUAGAAAGCGAUAUCCUCGGUUGGCAAUAUAUUUCUGGGAGCUUACCGGACGGGCAUGAGCUUGAGCGUAUGGAUUGUCCUGAGGUUCAAGGAUGCAAGUUCGAUCCAGAAGGAGAAUAUGUUAGACAGUGGCUGCCUGAGCUAGCAAGAAUGCCAACGGAGUGGAUCCACCAUCCAUGGGACGCGCCCACCAGCGUGCUCAAAGCUUCAGGGGUUGAAUUGGGACUAAACUACCCGAAACCCAUAAUCGACGUGGACGCUGCCCGAGCACGCUUAACAGAAGCCAUUUUCAAAAUGUGGGAACUGGAAGCAACCGCCAGAGCGUGUAGCUCUAACUACACCGAUGAAGUAGUUGGAGACAAUUCCGAGGGAGAUGAGAACUCGAGCAUUCCGAAGGUUGUUUUAAAGGACAGGGCUACUUCUUUUACUAUUUCGUCUAACGAUCAGAGAGUUCCUUCGAUUCAGAAUUUAAAGGGCAGUCUUGUUUGCAAGAAGAGGCCAAAUGAGAUUGCGGUCAAUGAAUUGCGGCCGGUCCAUGAUAACUUGCAGGACCAACCGGGGAGCUCGAGAAGGGAUGAGGAAGAGUGCUCCACAGCGGAAUCUUCGGCAGCUAAAAGACAGACAAUUAGCAGAGAAUCGUUCUCGGUACCCCAGUCUUCUUCCUCGUUGAACGGCUUGACUUCGAACGAGCAGGAGAUUUGAUGUUUUAACUUGAAGCAGAAGUUCCAAGAACAAGUAGACAUUGAACAAGAAUUGCUUCCUCUAACGGUCAUUGAAUCCAUCUCUGCUGUUGGUUCCUGACUUCAGAAAAUACCUUGCUUUGUCAUGAGACUCUGUUCACGUGAUGCUGUGAGUAAAAUCAUGACGGACGUGUGUGGAUCCGAUCUUCGUCAUCGUUUAUGUGUGCAUGCUAAUAAACGUAGCAAGUUUUUUACUUUGUUCGCUUCUGCUUGCAAAUCUCUCUUUGAGACCACAUGAACAGUUUUAAACAUGGUCUGUAAUUCGCCCACAAGGGUUUUGCACUGAAGGUGAAAGUUCUCAAAGUCAUGUACAUCUAAUGCAGGUAGAAGCUCAACACAGAAGCAUCCUCAUUUAAAGUUUA